AGUCGCCGCUACCUUCCGCGCGGCAAACAUUUUCUCUUUUUUCCGGUUACACGACAUGCCUACGAGUCGUGAAUCUUUGGAACGUGCACCAGCAGAACACGGGGAGGAUAUGUCACCUUCCCAGGUUCGCCAGUCAAGCAGGAUCCCGUCCACAAGGGAACGUGAAUCUAGGCGAGAGGAUCAUUCUCGAGAUGACCGUGGCCAUCGUGGGCGCAGAGAAGAUAGCGUCAGACCGUAUAGUCGCAAUACGGAUGGGAUCAGCGCCUCGGAAGUCGCCAAUACUCAUAGACCGACCCAAUCGCACCGCUCUCGGACAGAAAAUGCCGAGGCACGCCAUCCACUCGUUACCAAUGGUUCUCGAGAUAUCGUGGACACGGGCGCACCUGCUUCAACCACAAGAAGCAGAGGGCUCUUGGGAAUGGGGGCAGGAGUCAUACGGUGGAUCAGCACGUCGAACACCAGCGAAGCUCCCGAUGUUUCGGGCACAGGAAGACCAGACGAGGCCAGUAGUCAACUUCAGCAAGCGCUUCGCCGUAUCAAAUCGCUGGAAAACCGAGAGAAAGACCUGACCGCGAAGCUUGCAGCUCGUGACGAGCAGUAUGCGACGGAGGUUUCGCGGUUGGAGUAUCAGAGCCAGCGUACAAAAGGCGAAACGGAACAGUAUCGGAGCGAAAUCGCGAGACUACGGGCAGACCUCGUCCAGGCGAAGGAGGCCCUCGCCAGGCGGCAGGACGUUGCGUUGGACACGUUCAAUGUCACCGCGGACCAGGUGUCAGAAGCCUACCUCCUAUCCAGUGGUCCUUACAGCCUACAGGUCAUCAACAACGCAAUCGACGACAUGGUCCAGAACAUACUGGUCGAUUACGAGAAACUUUCCCAUUCGCAAUCCCACUCGACAUCCGUAGACACUCCCCCGCCUCCCACUGAUUGUCAUCCCCUCUUAUCUCCGUUUUGGACCAUGAAAAUGGACUCGGAAUCGAGGGGACUAGUACUCGAUGCGCUCCUGCAUCAUUCGGUCGUCCGAUUCCUUGAGGGGACUGUUUUCAGCUUUGGGGUCGUACCCGCACACUUCCAGUAUGAUCCGUUUGCGUCGAGGAUCUACGAAAGAUUACGAGAGCAAGAGCCGUGGAGCACCACUCAACGAUGGAAAUCCCUCUCCGUAGCCGGCGCAGUGAGCGUAUGGAAGCCGGACUUCGUCACGCCAAUAUCCAACGCAGCGAGAGAUAUCAUCGCAGCCUUCGCAUGCGCUAGCAGGACAACUCUGGAAUUCUUCUACCCGCUAGCUCCCAAAAUCGAGCAAGAAAUACAUCGUAUAUGCUGUCUGGCUUAUCAGCUAUCCGUUGCGGUCAAGCGUGAUAUAGUGUUAUUCCUUCGUCCUGUUGACAAUCAGCUUGCCGAGCUACAGUGGGAUAUGGGUGCGCAGCCGGGUGAUAUGGUCAUUGGCGACUAUAGCUUAGGGCUGACAAAGACCACCGCGGAGGGGCAAUCGACAAUCGCUGUACUGCCGAAGGUCGUUACCACCGCCUUGCUGCGUUAUGCCGACCAAAACCAGGCUGCUUAA